UUACUAAUGAAUCGUUAACCUAAUUUUACUGUCAAAAGUAGUGGCCUAAAUUGUUUUGAUUUGAAUAUUCGUCUACCUAUUUUGAAGAUGGAAAAAUCUUAUAUGAUAUAUGGUGUUGGAUUUCUUUUAUCUUACAUUUUUUUUAAAUUUCGAAAAGGUUUAGUUUUGGGAAAAAAUAAGAAAAGCUUACGAAAUAAAGUAGUUGUUAUCACAGGUGCAAGUUCCGGGUUGGGAGAGGGAUUAGCUCAUGAGUUCUAUAAAGAAGGCUGUUUGGUUGUUUUAUGUGCCAGAAGAAGACAGGAAUUAGAUCGUGUCCGAAAUGAUUUACUCAGUUUACCAUCCUCUGAACAAAGACAUCCACCUGUUAUUGUACCGAUGGACUUGAACGAUACAGAAGAUCUACCCAAUGUAGUGAAAAAAAUUUUGUCGAUAACUGAACGAAUUGAUAUAUUAAUUAACAAUGGUGGAAUAUCACAUAGGGGAUCUGUAAUCGAUACAAAACUGGAUGUGGAUAUCAGAAUUAUGACCGUAAAUUAUUUUGGUUCAGUAGCUCUAACCAAAGCUGUGCUGCCUUACAUGGUCAAAGAAAAAAGUGGAAAAAUAGUAUUCAUUAGUUCUGUUCAAGGUUUGAUAUCAAUUCCGGGUCGAUCAUCUUAUGCAGCUUCUAAACAUGCUCUUCAAGCAUUUGCUGAUAGUUUAAGAGCAGAAGUUAGCCAUCAUAAUAUUGGUGUCACUAUAAUCAGUCCCGGAUAUGUUCAAACACAACUUUCCAUGAAUGCGUUAACUGCCACAGGUCAAACAUAUGGUAAGAUGGAUGCUACUACAGAGAAUGGUUAUACCUGUGAGUAUGCAUCAAAAGAAAUGCUGAAAGCAAUUGUUGAAAACAAGAAUGAAGUUGUUCUUGCUCCCCCAACUGCAAGAAUUGGUAUAUUUUUAAGGCAUUUCAUUCCUUCCUUAUAUUUCCUUGCAAUGGUAAAAAGGGCAAAAAAACUGAUGGUUAAAUAAUAUAAACCUUACAGGAUGGGUUUUUUAAUAUCUUAUUAAUAUCUCCAUUAAAUUAAGUUUCAUAAAUGCUUAUUUCUUUUUAAUUCGAGUAGUGUUUCUUACUAACUGCUUUUGAGAAAUAAAGGGUAAUGUAUUUUAAAUAUCUAUCAAAAAGUGAAGUCUCUCUACUACUGAUCUCCAAAGAAUUUUAUUCAUGUUAUGUGUAUAUAGCUUAGCAGAUAUAUGUAUGUGAUAAAUGUGUUUUUUAUGAAUUUUAUAUAUUUGUUAAUGUUGUUUCUUUUAUAUGUAUACGUAUUUGUUGUUAAAAUUAUUAUUAAAAAUUGAGAAAUUAGGUGUUUUGACUAUCAGGAGAGGCUGGACUAAAGUAUAAGCUGUCUUGACUUUUUUUGUUGGUAAUUUUUGAGAGAUGGAAUUUUUUUGUGGUGAUGGUGUGUAAGGGUUAACAAACUUUGUGCAGUAAAAAAAUGUAAUAAAAAUAUGUAAAUAAAUGUUUUCACUGA